GCAACGAAACCAACAACUCGCGGGCAACUGAUUACUCAAAACGCAGUGUUCUUUUCCUUUAGUUGUCGACCCCAGCCGUACUAGAGAGCCUUCUUUCCUUCUUCUUUGUUUCCAUAUUGCGCUGGUGCUUUCCUUCGCCGACAAAAAUGUGCGCCGCACCGGUAGGCAAAUGGGUGGUGGUGCGUUCGGAUCGUUUGGUGCUGUCCAUCGACAAGGCCGACCACCUCUACACCAUUGGCCGUAGUCGCCAGCUGCCCUCCUCGCAGGCGCUCUCGCACCGGUAUGCCUCACGAGCGCAGCUGACGGUGGUGUGGCACCCUCCGCACCUCUAUGUCGCACAGACCGGCAAGAACCCGUCUUUUCUCGGUCCCGUGUGUGAGUCGGUGCCGCGUGCUUCGAAGGAAACCGAUGCGGUGGUGCCAGAGGAAGAUGCAUCGGCGGCUGCAUUGGCUCUUCCACGCCACGCCCAACUCCGUUUUUCUCCAUCAACGACGGUGAAAGAGGCCGUCCUUCACAAGGCCAAAGGCGGCUCCUUGGAGGUGGAGGUCCCUCCUUCCGACCCGCUGGAGGUCACGCACGCGCCAGACCGCCACACGAUAACCGCCUCUACUUUGUACUUCCCCGACGAGGUUGGCCUUCCCUCGCUCACCAUUCGCUUUGAGAGCGCCGAGGUCGUGAGAGCAGAUGCCACGGCGGCUGCCACGACGAAGACUGCGGCGGAGAUGCUCGCCGUUCCAACGUUUCGCCACGUUGAGGGCGACGACGACGAAGUGCUCAGCGAUGAGGAGGCGCAGAGCGAGAAGCCGACCAUCUCUGCUGCUGCUGCUGGUAGUAAUGGUGGUGGGGCGACCAACGGGACGGGGGGGGAAAGGCCCGAAUGGCGUGGGCUGUUGGAUGUGGCCCUGCAGGAGCAGCAGCGUCAGGACGCGACGCGGGCCUCGCAAGGACCAACGGAUGAGAAGUCCACCGCAGUGCAGCGUCCACCGUCGCAACCGGUCGCGGCAGCGGCGAGGACGGCGCCUCCCGCGCCAUCCGCAUCGAUUCCGUUUGGAAAUACUUCGUCGAGCAAGUCGGCUGCCGCCCCGCCACCAACGCCGCAACAGCACAACAUUGGCUUCUGGGAGUGGAAGCAGCACGCCAACGGCAAGGACGACGACCCCAAGUCGUGGCGUAAGUACAAUCGCGCCGUCGCAGAGUUGCUGGAGAGGGCCUAUCGCGACCCCUCCCUUGCGAAAAUGAAGAUACCCGACUCGGCAAUGUUCGACAAACCCGGCCAGAAGGGCGCCACCUACGGCGUGUGCUUUGCGGAAAGGGCGCUGGACGGGGCGAUGAUUCAGUACUCCUUGGAGGAUCCCGGCCACUUCCGGCUGAUUCGCCGGACGGGGGGACUGCCGGUGGACCGCCAAAAAGCAAAACGGGCACACGUGAUUCCUUCCUCAUCCGACAGUGACAGUGAAAGUGCAAGCGAGAGCGAAGAGAGCGUCAGCGACUCGGACUCGGACUCGGGCUCGGAGGAGAGCCUGUCGUCGAGCAGCAGUUCUGACGGUGACGAGAAGCCCCGUAAGAAGAAGCGUCGCCACUGA